AUGCCACUUGCUCCAGCAUUAGGGCUUGUCCAGAAGGCAGAAAAAAAAAAUAUAGAAAAAUGUAUAAUCCUUAAGGAGGAAAACAAAGAAAAUAUAAAUCACGAAGCCAAUAUUUCUUAUAGCGAAACGUCUUAUACAAGUAUGAUGAAUUUAUCCGAAUCUUCGUUAUUCAUAAUAACAACUGAAGCUGCGGCACUUCAUUGCUUGUUGAAUAUUCGGGAACACAUAUUAAAAAUGGGAGAUACAUUCCUUGUAGUUGAUUUCGGAGGUGGAACAGUUGAUCUCACAAUGAGAAUGAUACAAAUGGGUAAUAAACUAAAGAGGAAACAGAAAGAACCAGUAACUUGUGCGCUACGAAUAUAUUCUUAUGGAGAAUUACAAACUAGUUCAUACCUUUUUUAUAAGAAAGUAAAGGAUUUUGAAAUGGUUGAUCCAACGAUAGACAAAAUUAUCAGGCUAACUAAUAAUCAACUAGAACAAUUGUCAAAACUUCCUAAUAAACGCAAAUGUAAAGCUAUGCUCUUGGUAGUAGGAGGUUUUACAGCUAUUGUUAAAGGUGCAGCAGC